CGUGACGUAUAAUUUACUGGACGGGUCGCUUCUUCUGGAACAACAACGCGGCUACUCUUUCAACCGCCUCGGUAGCUUGCUAGCCAACAUAAAACUGAAAGAUUGACGCUUUAGACCACGUUUAUGUACAUUAGCUAAUCUCACUGUUGUAAACACAAUUCUGUAGACGUAUUAACUGGUUAACUUUAACCUAAUUUGCUUGUUCAAUUUGCAAACUUGUUAAAGAUUGAUGCUGAGCCUAGCACUAGGCUAGUCGCUAAUGCUAACUAGCUAGCUAACAUCCCCGACCAUGAGUUCACUAAACUACUCCUCCCCUGCUAAAGAAGAGGAGGUCUGCUGGACGGAGAAAGAAGCUCUGGCGCUGAACAUUGUCGUGAAAGAAGAAGAGGAGGGUAUUACAGUGAAAGGAGAGAAAGAACCUUUCAGAAUGAAAAAGGAGGAAGAGGAGGUUGUUAUAGUGAAGGAAGAAGAGGCUGUUAUAGUGAAGGAAGAAGAGGCUGUUAUAGUGAAGGAAGAAGAGGCUGUUAUAGUGAAGGAAGAAGAGAAAGAACCUUUCAGAAUGAAAAAGGAGGAAGAGGAGGCUGUUAUAGUGAUAGAAGAGAAAGAACCUUUUAGAGAGGAAGAGGAUGCUAUCUCAAUAAAGGUGAAGGAAGAAGACGUUUUGGGAGUGAAAGAGGAGGAGACAGAAGAUCCGAUUAACACCACAGGAGAGAGACAUGACUAUUGUGGAUCCUCUGGGGAGCCUCAACAACAUCCUGAUGCUGACGAGUCAGAGAAGAGUCUCUCCAGAUCAGAACACCAGAUGGACAACGCUAGCCCUUCCUCCCUCCUGGAGUCCCCGUGCCGUGCCUCUCUCGGUAGCACCUUACUGCUGGGUAUGAAGAGGUUGUCUGUGCUGCUGGUGGACUGCAGGAAAACAACAGGGCUGAGUGGAACUGUGAGAGGAGGAGAAGAGAAGAAAGGAUCAGAUUUGACUCAUCAAAGGAGGUGCUGGAGACAGCCUUAAUCGACGUCCACGUCAUCGGCGCCCAGGGGACCACUUGUUGUUGGGGUUAUUUGCCUUGCUCAAGGGCAGACCGGCAGAUUUUUCCUACUCUCCGGCGUGGGGAUUCGAACCGGAGACAUUUCAGUUACUGGCCCAACACUCUUAACCGCUAGUCUACAAAUGUUCCAACUUUAAUUAAUUAUUUCUCAAUGAUGCUUUAAAGGAGAAGUUUACCCAACAUCCAGAAACUCCUAAGUGAUUCCAUACUAUGAAACUAGUCCAGUGGAGUUUGUCCUCUCCCCCUCUCUCUCCCUGUAGUGUUGUACUGAAACAGCUGCAAAAAUGGGACUUGUGACGUUUCUGGAUGCGGCCGUCGCUUUUCUGCUUUGCCAGUUAAUAAAUGAUUCAGAAAUCCACAAAGUGUGUGGACAAAUUUGUUUUAUUAAAGCUAUUGGCCUUUGUCUUUCA